AUCAAGAAUGAACAUGCAUAUGCAUCCCUUUCUAUAUAAAUAGCCAACGACCAGAUCUUCCAACGUCCAUCACCUAACAAACCAAAAGUAAGACAACAAAAAUACAUAAAAUUAAUAAUAUUGCAAAAUGAGCACCAUGGUGAAAGAAUCCACAACUAUAUGCCCAGACGAGCAAACUCCAAACGGGAGUCUUUGGCUGUCAAGCCUAGACUUAAUCACACGGUCACCAUACACCCACACUCACGUCUUGUUCGUCUAUGAACCCAACAAGAAUCUCGACACUAACCCGACCCCAUUUUUCGAUACAAACCUUUUAAAACAAACACUAAGUAAAGCCCUUGUGGCGUUCUACCCUAUGGCAGGACGCCUUAAAACCAACAACAAAACCGGUCGAAUAGAGAUCGAUUGUAAUGCCAAAGGGGCCAUAUUUUUCGAAGUUGAGACGACACAUGUGUUGUCCGAUUUCGGAAACUUUAACCCGACUCCGGAACUACGAAAGGUUGUGUUUCCUACAUACGGGUACGCGGGUGGGUUAUCGUCGUUCCCACUACUAAUGGUGCAGCUUACAAGGUUUAAAUGUGGUGGGAUAAGCCUUGGGUUUGUGCAGCAUCAUCAUGUAGCUGAUGGAGCUUCUCAUGUGCAUUUUAUUAACUCUUGGGCAAGGCUAACUAAAGGACUUGACCUUAAUGUUAUGCCCUUUCAUGAUCGGUAUAGUUGUUUUGCGCCGCGUGACCCGCCUCAAAUUAAGUACCAGCAUUUGGAGUAUGAGCCACCUUUGCCACCCUCAGUACCUAAGGCGUUGUCAGGUGAUACAACUCCAACAAUAGAAGGUUUAUUUAAAUUUACUAGAGAACAAAUCAACAUCCUAAGGUUACAAGCAAUGUCUCAAGAAGUGACUAACUAUAGAUCAAGCACUUUCGAGGUGCUAGCCGGACACGCAUGGCGCGCCUUAUGCAAGGCUCGUGGAUUAUCUGACGAUCAAGACGUAAAACUGUACAUGCCAAGCAACGGACGCUCAAGAAUGAAGGAUCCAGCAUUGCCACAAGGCUAUUGCGGCAAUGUGAUUUUCUUCACGGCUUGCAUGGCGAAGGCGGGCGAUGUCAUAAACAAGCCACUUUCGUACACAGUGCGCACGGUUCACCAAGCGGUCAAAAGAGUGAAAACCGACGAGUAUUUAAGAUCGGCGAUAGAUCACCUAGAAUCUCAACCCGAUCUAAGCGAUCUCUAUCGUGGGGCACAUACAUUUACAAGUCCAAAUUUUACCAUAAAUUCUUGGGCAACUAUACCCUUUAAUGAGUGCGAUUUUGGAUGGGGUGGGCCCAAGUAUGUUCGCCACGGUGGCAUUAAGUACGAGGGUCAAUCCUAUCUGUUAGCAAGUGAGAAUGGGGAUGGAAGCAUUUCAUUGGCGAUUAAGCUUUACACGGUUCAUAUGGGUUUGUUUCGAAACUAUUUGUAUGAUUUCUAGUCAAUUUAUUAUAAU